AUGGCUUCUGGGCUGGGUAUUGCAGUCGACUCGGCAGCUGAGCCUCCUCACCACGUGGAACAAGGGCCAUCCGGCUUACACCUGCAGGGACACUCUUCAGCGGCCUUCGGGAAAAAUAUAUCGGAGUCUGCAGACUGCGUGGCUGGACCUUCGGAUGCGGUACGCUCAGCAGCAGGAGUCCCCGAGCCAACGAGAGGCGCGUUCGGUCCUGCGUGCGAGGCAGCUACGGAAGGACUCACGGCGAGCACCUCGCGUCCCUCUCUACCGAGCCAUACGAGCACGUCCUCCUCAAUGAACACGGAGGCCGGGUUGUCUGGCCAUUUCGUUCGGUCCGAUACUCUCCUCAGUUUUGGUCGGUCUCAAACGCGGAAUGCGGCCGAGCUAAAGGCUCUCAUGGGCAAUUCCAAUUCUCGGUUGAAGGCUGGAGCGACGGUACACGUUGCCUCCAGAAGGACUGAACAAGGUUCCGAUGACACGCAGGUGGACGCGGUCGCAUUGGAACAGGCUAAAUCACGAAGCCGAGUAGAAGUAGACAUCGUCCUCGACAGCGAUACCUUCGUUCAAGGUGGGUUCAUGAAAGGGCAUGUCAAGGUUCGGGUCCGCAAGCGGUCGAGGAAGGAAGACCACGUCUGCCUAGCUGAUCCGAAGGUCCGCGUCAUCGGGUUCGAGUGCAUUCCAGGGCAGAGCGAGCGUCAUACUUUCUAUCAAUGCGCUUCGCCGUUAUCGACAAUUACGGAUGGCGUGGAUCGCCUUUUCGAUACGCCCACGGGCUCAGACGGCUUCGCGCGUGCAGUAGAAGGCCUUCACACCUUCCCAUUUGCCAUGCGCCUGCCCACGGACAGCAAAUUUGGUGCCGCUAAGGGCGUACUAAACCUGCACUCCGGAGUAACUGUGCAAUAUAUAGCCAUGAUUUCUAUCAAAGUAAAAGACCCGAAGACAGAGAAAAGGUCCAUCGCGCACUUCUACAGGAAUUGCGAGGUUUGGCCACGACUUAGCGCCUCCAUCCUUCUCGCCUCCGCCCCGAGACCGCUUCAAGCUACCACCAGCAAGAGCCUCGCUAUGCUCAGCAGCGAUAGGAAGGUCAAGCUCACGGCUCAGCUACAUCGCUUGACUUGGAUCGCGGGACAACGCUGCUACAUUAGCGUCUCGGUAGCGAACGACACAAAGAAGAUCGUGAAGACGCUCACGUUGACGCUCGUACGCUCGACGACGAUGUUCAGACCUAGCCCCGAGCUGGAUACUGGGCGUGCUCGCAGUGUCGAUCCUGAUGCAUGCCAGACGACAACACUGCACAAGGUGGUUGGAGAGACCGUCUUGGAGAUGGCUCAGUCGGGUACCAAGGGUCGCGCAAGUGCCAAGGGCUGGUGGACUGGGGUGGGCCCUGGCAAGGAGCUGUCGUUCUCGCAUUACAUCCUUAUCCCACCUGAAGCACUCUCCGUCACUCGGUCGCGUUUCCUCGAGGUCGAAUACUCCAUCCGUGUCACGCUCAGCGCGGGGUCACUCACUCCAGACGUUUACGUUACACUGCCUAUCAGGGUCAUCAACUUCCUGUCCAUCGAUCCUAUCCCAAGCGAGCCCUCACGUUCGUUGCUCGCGGAGCCUGUGCAUCCGCUGAAGCGUCGCCGUUCCAUCGAUGGCGAAUUGGAUCCAGUGCCGCGCGCAUCUAUAUCGCGGACAGCAAUGCGUGCAGAUGGACUCGUCGACGCCGAUGCCCACGAUCCAGCUAUCUUUCAGCAGCAGUCGAAUCGUGGCUCGCCUCGCUCCGUAUCCGAUGCGUGGACGAGAGAGCAUUCAUUGCGCCUCACAAAUCCUGACCAGGUGUCCUCCACAAUCACAACCUCGGAUAGCGACGCGAGCAUGUAUUCCUCGGACGAAAGCUGUCAAUCAAGCAUGGACGAACUUGCGUCCUCCUCAGAGACUCAGAUUUCGCGUGGACUGGGCAAUCUCGAUCUUGAGGACCCUGAUUCCGACGAGGAGGUUGGGUUUGUGGUUGGCUCUGCCCCUCUGGAAGACACGGAGGAUCCCACGAUUGCUGGGCCAGAGUACGGUUCCUCGCGUGCCAUUGUACCGCGGCCCAUGGGUCCGCGCUCCGGCAGCAGAGCCGGACGAGACAGGGGACGAGCACGCGACGUCCGCCCCAUCCAAAGGCGGAACACGAUCAAUGUUGGUGCUCUUCCCCCAAGGGAAUACAGGAAUGUCCGUGAUGAAACGGAGCGCAGGGCGAGGGAAAGCUUUGUCGAGGGCGUGAAUGAACGACUUCUAGCUGCUACGUCACUUCGUGGCUUGCGCAGACGUGACAGACAUGAUCCAGCGGACUCCGUGCACAGCUCUGACGGCGCAAUAACCGACAUGGACGCUACCCCUCGCCUCGUCCAGGAUCGCAGUGAUAUCCCCCAGGUAUCAGUACGUCCUCUGCGCCCCUCACGCAAUCCUGCUAGACGCACACCUGCUCCGAGUGGCAACGGAACCUUUCCUACUGGCAGUCAAGACUGCGCUGCUGUUGGCAUGGGUACCGCAGUAGAUGCUACAUCUGUUUCCGGUUCGGCCUUUUCUCAACAUUCGGUGCGGAGGUCGCGGGCACUACCUCGUCCCCCGGUGAACAUAUCAACAGCCAGUGUGGAAUCUGGGCAUAUGGCAUCAACAGCGCCCAACGCACCACCCGUGGGACCUCCAAUCUACGACGGACCCUCAACUGUUGAGACAUUUCCAAUCGCUCGGUCUCAACAAGCCGUUUCCGUGACUGGAGGCGGUGGUUACGUGCCAACACCUUCCGAUAGUGGUGUCGGUUGUCACCCGCCAGACAUGCAAUCCGUCUUCCACGUAGACACGGUUUCGCAGGAACACGACGGCACAGGCCUUCGCGGGAGAACCGUUCACGCCUUUGUUGGCAAUGCAUCGCGAUCCGAAUCGAGCUCGUCCGCAUCCACGUCCAGCUCCGGGUACGAUAGUGGCUACUCGUACGAGACGUCGAUGACCUCGGUACACUCUGUGGACGACGGCGGGCGCCCGACGUCGACGGUGGGCAUGCGGAUGGCGGGCGCGUCCGAGAGCGCCGUCCCGGUGCGGGGGCGCAUCGCUGUCAAUGAAUUUGAGGACCGCGUCAAGUGCGUGCGGCCCGUCUCGAGUGCGUUUGUGUAG